AUGAUCGCUGAAAUUUGUAAACCGCGUAAAAUAAUAUUAAAUAUUCACAUUAGAGAAAGCAAUAUUUCGAUAAUAACUGCAAGAACUCGUAAGACGGAAAAAAUAGACGGAUUUCUACUUUUCUUUUUAUAUAGAUUAGAUAUAGAUGCGGAACUCGGCUAUUUGUUCUUGAGAGCUAAUUCAUUUACUCCUAAAGGACGUAUUGCUCAUUCCUCUAUUCUUCAUCAAAAUAUGAUUUAUAUUUUUGGUGGAUAUUAUGGUAAUUCUUGCACUAAUGAAGUAUUCCAUCUUGAUAUAUAUCAAAAUUUUAAUGCAGAGUACCCUCAAUGGACAGAAAAUUCGGCAAUUGGUUUUGAAAGUUGUUGGGCAACUACUGUUAUAACUCAUCAUAAUAAUAACCCUACUAUUUAUUUAAUUGGAGGAAUUAUGCAAAAUCAAAAUUUUGAAGAUUCAUUUGCUUCAAUUAUUUAUACAUAUAGUCUAAGUACAAGACAAUGGAACAUACCAGUAACGGUUGGAAAGUUGCCAGAAAGACGUAGAGAUAUUCAAGCGGUCGCUGAUCAUAUGGGCAAUAUUUAUAUUUUUGGAGGAGUAGCUGAUAAAUAUUUGGGGUCAGAAGAUCUUAAAUUUUUUAAUGAUAUGGUAAUAUUCAAUGCUGAUUAUUUAACAUGGUCAUAUGGUCCUAUUGUCAAUGCGCCUUUAAAACGGCAUGCUUAUACCGCAACUUUAUUAUCAAGUGGCAUGAUUGUAUACAUUGGUGGUCGUGAACAAACAGAUAAUGGAAAUCUACGUGAAAACCAUGUCACCGUCUCAUCCCUAUUGAAAAAUAAUUGA